CAAAACCUAAUUCAAUGGUGCGGUCCGCGAAUAUGGGGCUAGUUAGCUAGAUUACGCUCAUGCGGCAAUGUAAAUAUUAAACUGUUACAGUUUACUGAUUGUUUCAGUGAAGUAACAGUACUGUACCAUAGUUGAUCCUCCGAUAUCCCUUCACUCCCACAAUAAUGCCUUCCUUCCGUCAAGUUGGUGAGAAGCAGCUCCCCAACCCUGUUCUGUGCAUGGCAUGGUCACCGAAGAGGGAUCUUAUUGCCUUGGCGAACACUGCUGGGGAGCUGCUACUGCAUCGCCUUGCCAAUUUCCAGCGUGUUUGGAGCUUGCCACCCAAUGAGAACACAGGAAAGGAGAUCACAGCGCUUGCUUGGAGACCUGAUGGCAAAAUCCUGGCUUUUAGCCUCGGGGACACUAAGCUAGUGGUGCUGUGUGAUGCAGAGAAGGCCGAUAUCCUUCAUCUAUUCCCAGUGGAGAACCCUGUGUCCUGCAUGCACUGGAUGGAAGUCCUGGAGGAGAGCAGCGUCCUUAGCUCAUUCUACAGUUCUGAAGACGAGUCCAACCUUUUUCUUCCCAAGCUGCCAACUCUUCCGAAGAGCUACAGUACUACGUCCAAAAUAUUCAGUGAAGAGAAGUCAGAUGAGAUACUCAACCUUUUGGGAGAAGUGAGGCUGAACAUCCUGGUUCUGGGGGGAGGUUCUUGCUUGUUGGAGCUGUAUGCUUACGGGAUGUAUAAGAUCGCCACUUUACCAGAGGUUCCUGGGACAUGUCGAAGCCUGUGUCUGUCCAGUGAUCUGAAAUCCCUGUCUAUCAUCACGGAGAUCCGAUCAUCUGACAAUGACCCGGAGAUCCGCUACAUCCAGCUGGACACCGGGCUGCUUUCAGACUGUCUCCCUGAGGUCACUCGGAUGGCGCGCAAGUUUACCCACAUCUCCACCUUGCUGCAGUAUCUGCGUCUCUCCCUCACCUGCAUGUGCGAGGCUUGGGAAGAUAUCCUCAUGCAGAUGGACCUCAGGCUUACUAAGUUUGUUCAGGAGAAGAACACCAACACACAAGUCCAGGAUGAGUUUCUGGAGCUUUUACUGUGGGGACAAUCAAGCCCUGAACUACAAGCCCUCCUCAUGAAUCAGCUGACUGUCAAGGGGCUGAAGAAGCUGGGCCAGUCCAUAGAAACCUCUUACUCCAGCAUUCAGAAGCUGGUGAUCAGCCAUCUACAGAGCGGGUCUGAGGCUCUGUUGUACCAUCUCAGCGAGGUGAAGGGGAUGUCUCUUUGGAAACAGAAGUUCCACCCACUCGGCCUGGACUCUGUGGCUAUAGAAGACGCCAUUACAGCUGUGGGGUCAUUCACAUUGAAAGCCAAUGAACUUCUACAAGUGAUUGACAAGAGCAUGAAGAACUUCAAGGCUUUUUUCCGGUGGCUGUAUGUAGCUAUGCUGAGGAUGUCGGAGGAUCACGUUCCACCUGAACUCAAUAAGAUGACACAGAAGGACAUUGCCUUUGUGGCAGAUUUCCUGUCUGAACACUUCAGUGAGAAUGAAGAGCUGUUUGACCGGAAAGGAAAGUACUUUAAUGUGGAGCGUGUCGGCCAGUACUUGAAGGAUGAAGAUGAGGAUCUAGUGUCGCCACCCAAUACCAAAGGAAACCAGUGGCUGAAGUUCCUGCAGGAGAGCACACAUUUGAAAGAGAGCCCGCUCCUCUUCCCUUCAUACCCUCAGAAGUCCUUACACUUUGUGAAGAGAAUGAUGGAAGGGGUGAUUGAGUUGUGUCUCCAGAAACCUGCUGAGGUAAUUGGAAAGUCUGUGAAGCGUUCUGUGAGUUUGUCUCUCUACAUUGUACCAGAGAGUUCAGAAAACACACCAAGGCUUUUUGAACUUCCAUCAUUGUACAAUGACAAGAAGGCCAAUUUGCACUAUGUGGUGUUCUGCAUGCCAGAGGUUUCCCCCUGCAAGCUUUACCUCCUACGGAGAAGUACAGAACCAAACCGGCCUGUUUCCAAUGUUCUCACAGCCAUAGAUCUCAGUAAUGUUCUGUGCCAAAGUAUUGAUGACACUACUGCAGGAUCCAGCUCUGACCGUGUGUACAGUUGCCAGGAUGCUCGUUUCUAUGACAAUGAGACAUUGACAGUGGUGCUGCAAGCAUCAGAGGAAGAGGAGAAUAGGGGGCGUGUCCUGGCCCAGCUCCCUCUCUCCUCCGCCCUCAGCUGCAAGGAGGAGUUCAACUGGGACUCCAGUCUUAGGUUGGACCAGCAGAGUGGUUCCAUCCCCUCCCAGGGGCUAGUUCUGGAGAACCAGUGGAGAGACUUGGAGAACAUGAAGGCCCAGUUUGUGGCUGUGAAUGGGAUCAGGAAGGUGGCCUGUGUGCUGAGCUCCAACCUGCGGCACGUCCGUGUGUUUGAGAUGGAUGUAGAGGAUGAGGAGGAUGAAGAGCGGCCUGAGUCACAGAACGCUGGCUCGGACCAGGAUGGCCUAGAGGAGACCCUGGGGAGCCAGGAGGAGGCUGAAGGAGGACAAACGGAAGGCCAGGGAGGGGGACUGAGGCCUGAAGAGCAGCUAGAGUCUGGAGAAGGACUGGAGGUCUCAUAGCAGAACUUCAUGUAGGAAAUAUAUUGACCAGCCAUUCCACUCACUAUGGCAGUAAUCAGUCCCAGUUGUGUCAUUGUAAAACUGUUGACUACUCCCAGCAAUUUUGUCUUUAACAAUGUGGAAAUAAA